CGGUUGUCCAUCACCGCAGACUAAAACCCCCCCGCCAGUCUACUACGCCUCCUUUUGUGAACAGCUUGCUCUUCGCACCAGUAAUUUCUCGAACGCCAUUUCCAAACACCAGUGGUGAUAUCCUAUUUGAGUCCUCCAGAUGGAGGCAGCAUCUGCGCGAAUGGCGGCUAGAGACCGCUUUGGCGUUAUGGGCGACGCGGGACCAUCGCAGUUACAGCGUUAUAUCCAACAAGCUUGCAGUCCCGAGAACUUCGAACCGAACCUGGCGCUGAAUCUUGAGAUCGCAGAUUUGAUCAACUCGAAGAAGGGCAAUGCGCCGAGAGAGGGCGCUGUAGCUAUCGUCAAUUAUGUCAAUCAUCGAAACCCCAACGUCUCUUUGCUGGCGCUGAAUCUUCUCGACAUUUGCGUCAAGAAUUGCGGAUACCCAUUUCAUCUACAGAUCAGUACCAAGGAAUUUCUCAAUGAGCUUGUCAGGAGGUUUCCUGAGCGUCCGCCGAUUAGAGCAACCAGGGUUCAGCUGAAGAUCCUAGAGGCUAUCGAAGAGUGGAGGGGCACAAUAUGUUUGACCUCGAGGUACAAGGAGGAUUUGGGGUUCAUUCGGGAUAUGCACAGGCUUCUCAGUUAUAAGGGAUAUGUGUUCCCGGAGGUUAGAAGAGAAGAUGCUGCGGUGCUAAACCCAAGUGAUGUAAGGUGACCCCGCUCGACCGCCAGAGCCGUCUAAUAAAUGUAUAGAACCUGAAAUCUGCCGAAGAAAUGGAAGAGGAAGAAAAGGCUGCUCAGUCUGCGAAGUUACAGGAAUUGAUCCGACGUGGAGGUCCUGAAGAUCUCCAAGAAGCCAAUCGACUCAUGAAAAUUAUGGCAGGCUACGAUACCAGAUCCAAGACCGAUUACAGAGCAAAAGCCGCAGAGGAGGUGGGGAAGGUUCAGCAAAAGGCCAGAUUAUUGGAAGAGCGAUUGGCAGGUUUCCAACCUGGUGAUGUUAUGAAAGAGGGUGAUGUUUACGAAGAGUUGGCCUCUGCGCUUCAGAGCGCACACCCCAAGAUCCAACGAAUGUGCGAGGAAGAAUCGGAUGAUCACGAAGCAGUAGCAAAGUUACUCGAGAUCAACGAUAGUAUACAUCGGACAGUGGAAAGGUACAAGUUGAUGAAGAAAGGAGAUGUGGAAUCUGCGGCCAAGAUCGCAGCAGGGACACUUGGAACCAGUACAGGUGUUAGCAAAAACGCUGAUAAUGAGUUGUCAUUGAUUGACUUUGGGGGCGAUAUGAACGAUACGAAUGGAAGCAGUUCUGCGACAGCGUCCGCACCAGCAGCUACUCAAUCACAACCUGGGGGGCUUGAAGAUGAUCUACUUGGUCUUUCUAUGGGCGAAACGAACUACGGUCAGGGAGGAGGUAUUUCUCUUGGGUUCGGAAACAACACGAGUAGGUCUUAUUUCCACAUUCUUGAAUAAAUGCUAAGCUAACAAAUAAUAGAUAUCCCCGGACCGGCACUGAUUUCUUCAACUUCGGAACACAGUACAGCAAGAGGACCAACUCCCACCCGAUCCCCAGCACCUACACAACAUCAACCUGUUAAACCAGAUUACACCUCUAUAUCAGCAUUCGGCGCCCCUUCUCAGUCCACUACACCUCGACCCGCUCCCCUUUCGCUCCUUGAACAACAACGACAAGCAGCUGCAAAUAGACCACAACCUUCAGGUCAACCACCAUCCGACCCCUUCGCAGCUCUAGCUUCCCCCAUCCGAGCGUCAACGCCUCAACAACCAACAACACCCUCCAUGUUCGAUUUUGCAAACCCCCAAGCAUCAGCACCAGCUGCAGCUGCAACAGCCGCUCCAUCAGCAGACGACGACGAGUGGGCAUUCUCCUCCGCCUUACCAGAAGGUCUACCAACCUCCAACACUCUGGAAGUGAGCAAUACCAAUCUCGGGAUCUCGCUGUAUGCUUCCCGAAAAGCACAAUCCCCAUCAAUCAUCACCAUGUCCAUCUCCUUCUCCAAUCGAAGCGACCAAGCCAUCACAGAACUUACAUUCAUGGCUGCCGUCACCAAGGUACGUACAUACACCCCCUCUUCCCUUCUCUCCACUCUAUCCAAACCCCCAAAACUAACAACCCUUCCCCCCACAGAGCUACACCCUCAAACUGCAGCCCCAAUCCGGCCGCCGCCUCAACGCACACGAGCAAUCCGGCAUCUCGCAACAGAUCUUCCUCCACGGCGUCGAGCCCGGCCAAGGCGACAGCGUGAAACUCCGUUGGAAAGCGAGUUAUAAACUCGGACCCCAGGUAGUUAAUGAGCAAGGUGAGAUUGCAAGUCUGGGGAUCUCGUAACAUGGUGCUAUAUCUGUCGAUUCUGGCUGUGAAAGCAAGAAUAAUGGAGUAGUAGAUGGGUAGAUGGACAGGAGAGUCUACCUGGGUAGCCUAGUGGAUUGAAAGGUGAAGAGGUGGGAAGAUGGAAACACAUUGUGUUAAGGGGUAUGGUAUUCGACCAAAAGGAAUGAAUGAUUAGGAAAUGAAACGAAAUGAAAUGGGUGAGCUAGGAGACUAGAGGUAUAUCCGAUGAAUUCCAAUUCAGAAAUGAACCGCUAGCGAACUUUUUCAUUUCUUUCCUGUGCGUUGGAC